GAUACUGGGUUAGCCAAGAGCAAGAAAUUGGAAAAUUGGAUAGAUCGAGCGGUGGCUACCCCGUACUCUGAGGCCUCAAGCUCCAAGAGCAUGGCCCGGAUUGCCCCGCUCCUGCUGGUGACGCUGCUCUCCCUAGCCGUGCAGCUCACGCCGUCCGCGGCUUGCCCAUCAUGCCCCAAACCAAAGCCUCCACCGCCACCGCCGCGUAAGCUGACGCCUCCGCCGUCCGUGCCCUGCCCUCCGCCGCCACACUCUCCCAAGCCUACACCACCGCACACGCCUACCCCAAAGCCAACACCACCUCACACGCCCACGCCACCGCACACNNNNACCCCGGCGCCAACACCGCCUCACACGCCCACUCCGCCGCACACCACAACCCCCGUGCCAACACCGCCUCAUACGCCCACCCCGGUGCCAACACCACCUCACACACCCACCCCGGUGCCCACACCGCCAUACACGCCAACCCCUGUGCCCACACCGCCGCACACGCCAACUCCGCCCUCCCCAGUCCCUCCUACGCCAACCCCAGUAACCCCGCCAUCACCUAUUGUUCCAUCCCCGACACCGUCACCGCCAUCAGGCAAGUGCCCAGUGGACACGCUGAAGCUGCUGGGGUGUGUGGAUGCGCUCAACGGGUUGGUGCAUGCCGUGAUCGGUAGCAGUGCAAGUGACACUUGUUGCCCUCUACUGGCCGGCGUGGCCGGUGUUGACGCCGCACUCUGCCUCUGUACCACCAUCGAGCUCAAGGCACUCAACAUCAACCUCGUGCUGCCAAUCGCCAUCCAGGUGCUUGUUAACCAGUGCGGCAAGACAGUGCCUAGCGAUUUCCAAUGCCCUGUGACGCCACCCUCGCCGACACCGCCGCCAUCCCCUAUCACCCCACCACCUACCCCUGUCACUCCUUCGCCUACACCGCCAUCCCCUGUGGUCCCGACCCCAAUGCCAGUUACACCGCCGCCAUCGCCGCCGACUCCUGUCAAUCCUUCGCCUACACCGCCAUCCCCUGUGGUCCCAACCCCAGUGCCAGUUACACCAUCGCCAUCGCCACCGACUCCUGUCAAUCCUUCGCCUACACCGCCAUCCCCUGUGGUCCCGACCCCAGUGCCAGUUACACCCCCGUCAUCGCCGCCAAUGGGCAAAUGCCCAGUUGACACACUGAAGUUGCUAGGGUGCGUGGACGCCCUCAAUGGGCUGGUGCACACGGUGAUCGGUAGCAGUGCCAGCGACACCUGUUGCCCGCUCUUGUCUGGUGUGGCCGGCCUCGACGCCGCGCUCUGCCUCUGCACCACCAUCGAGCUCAAGGCGCUCAACAUCAACCUCGUGUUGCCAAUCGCCAUCCAAGUGCUCGUUAACCAGUGCGGCAAGACAGUGCCCAACGACUUCCAGUGCCCUGCGACGCCGCCAUCGCCGACACCGGUUACGCCGCCAACCCCACCUGCAAAGCCUCCCACCCCUGUUACACCAGUAACUCCGCCAUCGCCAACACCAACACCGGUUACGCCUCCGUCCCCUGUGGUCCCGGCCCCAGUCCCAGCGACGCCGCCGCCAUCGUCGUCAACAGGCAAGUGCCCCAUCGACACGCUGAAAUUGUUGGGCUGCGUGGACGCGCUCGACGGGCUGGUGCACGCGCUAAUCGGUAGCAGUGCCAGCGACAAAUGCUGCCCACUGUUAUCCGGUGUGGCUGACCUCGACGCAGCGCUCUGCCUCUGCACGACAAUCAAGCUCAAGGCGCUCAACAUCAACCUCGUGCUGCCCAUAGCCAUUGAGGUGCUCGUCAACCAAUGCGGCAAGACAGUGCCUGACGACUUCCAAUGCCCUAGUUAAGCUCCAUCAAGUAAUAUAGUGCUAUGAGUAUCACCUGCAUCUGAAUGCGAUACAUCCAUUAAAUCUCUUGUGAGGUCACUUAUGCAAUAAGUAAUAUCUACAUGUGCAGCUCUAACUACUAGUGAUGUGGAGCUGUGGAACAUGCAUGCAUUUUGUUAGUGUAAUUGUCUAUCAAAUAGUAACCGUGUAACGUUUUAUCAACUGUGGUC